AUGGGAGCCUCACUUGCUAGCGGAUCUGGUAUGGGAGCCUCACUUGGUACCGUAUCUGGUAUGGGAGAUCACUUGGUACCGAUCAGCCUCACUUGGUACCGGAUCUGGUAUGGGAGCCUCACUUGGUACCGGAUCUGGUAUGGAGGUACCCCUCACUUGGUCUGGUAUGGGAGCCUCACUUGGUACCGGAUCGGAGCCUCACUUGGUACCGGAUCUGGUAUGGGAGCCUCAGUGAUCUGGUAUGGGAGCCUCACUUGGUACCGUAUAUGGCACAGGACGCGGAUACCCAGGACUCGGCUAUGGCACAGGACUCGGCUAUGGCACAGGACGCGGCAGGGCUAUGGCACAGGACGUGGAUACCCAGGACUCGGCUAUGGCACAGGACGUGGAUACCCAGGACUCGACUAUGGCACAGGACUCGGCUAUGGCACGGGACGCGGCUACCCAGAACUCGACUAUGGCACAGGACGCGGAUACCCAGUGCUCGGAAUGGACAAUGACAAGGACCACUUCUCAGGCUACGCCACCACGAACACAGUGGUCUUCACGGGCACCGAAUCGGACGCUGGCCCGAACUUCGGCUUCGCACUUGGUAGCGGAGGAUUUGGAGUCGGGCCUGGUAUGGGAGCCUCACUUGCUAGCGGAUCUGGUAUGGGAGCUUCACUUGGUACCGUAUCUGGUAUGGGAGCCUCACUUGGUAGCGGAGGAUUUGAAGUCGGCCCUGGUAUGGGAGUCUCACUUGGUACCGGAUAUGGUAUGAGAGCCUCACGAGGUAUCGGAUCUGGUAUGGGAGCCUCACUUGGUACCAGAUCUGGUAUGGGAGCCUCACUUGGUACCGGAUCUGGUAUGGGAGCCUCACUUGGUACCGGAUAUGGGAGCCUCACUUGGUACCGGAUCUGGUAUGGGAGCCUCACUUGGUACCGGAUCUGGUAUGGGAGCCUCACGUGGUAG